AUGGAGAAGCAAUCAGACACCAUUUUUGAAGCGAGGGAAGAGCUCAUGGUUUCACCAACUGGUGGAUACCCUACACUAAGAAAAGCCCACUUUCUCAAACCAGCUGCCACCUCCAAUAAUGGAAACGUUUCUGAGCUUCCUUCAGAUUGUUUCUCCCCCAAGCCCCUUACAUAUGACCUCAAAGACUUGUCAGAGAAAAUGUUAUUCAGAGGCUGGAAACGUCCAACAGAGAAAUGGAAAAGAUGGGUUCAAAACAUGCAUUCCAAGUACCAAGCUUUAUGGAAGCAAGUUGGUAUUUAUGAGGCAGUCAUGAGUUCCAGAUAUGAUAUGAAACAACACAAAGAACUUGUUCUUGGCCUUGCUGAAAAAUGGUGUCUUGAUACUAAUACUUUUAUCUUUCCUUGGGGUGAAGCAACAAUAACCUUGGAAGAUGUGAUGGUCUCUGGGGGUUAUUCUGUUCUUGGUGUAUCUGUUUUAAGCCCUCUGAAGACUAAACAACUGGUUGAAGUUAAAGAAAAACUAAUUAAAGGGCGCAAAGAAGCUGCAAGAGCAAGAUCUUUAGCUGCCUCGCAUAAAUCAUGGAUGGACUAUUUCAUGGGAACUGGGCAUGACCUCGAGCAUGAAGCAUUCCUUUCUUUAUGGUUAUCCAACUUUGUUCUUGUUAAUUCUGUUUCAUUUCAACGUAUAGGAAAACAUGUUUUUCCUAUUGCCAUUCAUUUGGCUAGAGGUACCAGGGUUGCCCUUGCACCAGCAGUGUUAUCUAGCAUAUAUAGGGACUUGAGUCUAUUGAAAGGUUGGUUCUUUAGCUCAAAUGUUGUGCAAACUAAUAAGUUGCUUCAUCUUUAUGCACCAUUUCAGUUAGUGCAGCUUUGGGUUUGGGAAAGAUUUCCAAGACUGCGGCCACUGCCUAAUUCCAUCUCACUUGGUGAGCCAAGAGCAGCAAGAUGGCAUAGGCUUAAGAUGAAUGCUGGUGAUGUGAAGUUGGCCAUAGACUCGGCAGGAACAGGUUUUCAAUGGCGGCCUUAUGCUAUAGCAGAUAAUAAUUGGUCUUUGCCAAAGUUUUAUGGUGACAAGGAACAGUACAUAUUGAAUGAUUUUCAUUUGGAUGAAGAGAUACAGUCCUUUGCUAUGUUUUUAAGGGAAAGCGAGCUAGUUGGACUAGAAAGCAUAGAGCAGUACCUUCCACAUCGGGUUGCGAUGCAGUUUGGAAUGGAUCAAGAUCUUCCAGGAUGCAUUGCCAGAUGCAACGAAAAUCCUGAAAUUGCUUGGAGAAAUUACAGCAGGCCAAUCCAAGAUGCAGUGCUCUAUAUACCAGCUCGGCUUUUUGAGUCAGUUAUUACCACACAGUACUCACAUUGGUGGAAGCAAUCAAUGCUGGCUCAAGGUGAUGCUAUCAAGGCAUUUGUUAGUAGGCGUAGAAGUCCAAGAAAAUCACCAGAUGCUUCGGUAAGGAAGAACGAGUGCUACAUUCUCUUUUCUCCUGAUCAUCCUUUGAAAUGUGGAGAAGUUAGCAGAGGAGAUUCUGCUAUGGAAAAUGAAGAUAGAGGGGUGGAAGUAGGGGGUCUGGUUCAGGAGGAGGACAUGGAAGAUCAAUUAACAGUAACAGAAUUGUUGACGCAUGCUAAGCGUGAUGGUGAAAAAACUGUAAUGGGUGGUGAGAAUGAGUCUCCCCUAGGUACUCAACGUUUGUUAUCUUCAACUAAAGAAAUUGAAACACUUGCAAAGCUAGAAGCAAAUAUGAAAUCAGAUCAAGUUAGCAUACAAGUUUCUGUUAAGGACCAAGAAGAUGUGAUCUUGGAGAAUAUCGGUGAGGGUGACGAGAUUGGUUGCACUCUGGCUGUUGAUGUCCUGUCAUUAUCAGUUCGUGAAAAUCAAAAUGUGUCAACUUUCAUUGCAGAUAAAGAAUAUGUUAAAAAUAUCAAAUCAGAAGGGAAACAGGAAGCAGAGGUUAGAAGAAAUGAAAGUUCAAUAGGAGAAUCAAAAGGAGUGGUGGCAGAUGAUGUCAAUAGCAAACCAAGUCUUAAUGAUGGAGCAGAAGGCAGUAGCACUCAUGAUCUUGCAACACUAGCAAUUGAGCUUGAAGCUCGGAUUUGCAGGCUUGAAAAACUGUCUGCUGAGCUGAAGGAAAAAAGAUUACGCAAGAAAUUGGAGAAUCAAUUUAAGGGAAUUUCAUCUGAACCACAGUAG